AUGCAAGAAUACAAAACUUAUGCAACUGUAAAUGAGUUACCGCUCCAGGAAUCAAAGAACAAGCUGGUGAAGCUUAUACCUGAUCAGAACAUCACCAUCAUACCAGAAUAUACACUCGAAUCAGGCGUAACACUUACCAACAUUCCGAUUGCCUGGAAGACGUGGGGCAAAUUGAAUAACAAGGCUGACAAUUGCAUGGUAAUCUGCCAUGCGCUCACUGGCAGUGCUGAUGUCGAAGAUUGGUGGGGUCCAUUGAUGGGUCCUAGAAGAGCCUUUGACUAUACAAAGUUCUUUAUCGUCUGCUGCAACGUACUCGGCUCCCCUUAUGGCUCUGCUUCUCCAUUGACAAUCAAUCCAGAGACGGGUGAUAUAUACGGCCCCGAAUUCCCUUUGGUGAGUGUGAGAGACGAUGUCGCUCUUCAUCGUCUUAUCUUGGAUCAUCUCGGCGUCAAGCAAAUUGCUGUAUGUGUGGGCGGAUCCAUGGGUGGUAUGCAAGUGCUGGAAUGGGCUCAGAUGGGUCAGGAUUAUGUGCGCACCAUUGUGCCUAUUGCCACAUCAGGGCGCCAUUCAGCCUGGGGUAUCAGUUGGGGUGAAGCUCAACGUCAGUCUAUUUACAGUGAUCCAAACUAUGCGGAUGGGUAUUACACGGAUGAAACCCCUCCCAAUGUCGGAUUAUCAGCUGCACGCAUGUCUGCUCUACUCACUUAUAGAUCCCGCAACUCGUUUGAAUCACGAUUUGGCCGCAAAGCAGCAGACAUGAAGCCUACCAGUAGACCACACUCACCAAGAGAGGCCAAUCGCUUGAUCCACAAUGAUGGCCAUCGUGCCACCAGUCCUCCCGAAUCAGCUGAAAAGGAAAACACCAAAACACCUACCAUCAACAAUCCAUCCAUGCCAACACCCUUUGUUUUCUCAGCUCAGUCUUACUUGAGAUAUCAAGGCACUAAGUUUAUCAAUCGCUUCGAUGCCAAUUGCUACAUCGCUUUGACUCGUAAAAUGGAUUCGCACGAUCUUUCUCGUGGAAGAGGCGAUUAUUUCGAUAUUUUGGCAUCAAUUGCUCAACCUGCUCUGGUGAUUGGCAUUGAAUCAGACGGUCUGUUCACCAUUUCUGAGCAGUAUGAGUUGGCUGAGGGUAUGGCAGACACUGAAAUGAUUGUGAUUGACUCUCCUGAUGGACAUGAUGGCUUCUUGCUUGAGUUUGAUCAAAUCAACCGUCAUUUGUUGAACUUUAUCAAGCGUGUGGUGCCUGAAAUUUACAGUUCCUCUACAAUUACAGAUGAGGAGCUUGAACAAGGCGAGGUGGUCAAGGCUACAAAGACGAGCUUAUUUGGCGAAGCCGAGGUGGAUAUCACUCAAUGGUAG